UUUUCACGAUUUUAUCACACCAAAAAACCCAUUUAGAACAUAACCAGUAAAAUUUGGGCUUUAUUGUACUAUUGGUCCGCAUGAUAUUGGUGUGGAAAAAGAAAAGUUAGACUGCGAUCAAGACAACAAUCAUUCUAAUCCUCUUAAUUGAAGUUGGCACUGGUAGCGAGAGUCGGAGAUAGGAGAAGUUGAGCAAGACAACAAUCAGGUUAUAUUCUGAACAAAGUUAGCUGUUCGAUUAAAUGUUCCAACCAAUGUUUAUUGGGAAUAUUUAUUACAUCGACCAUAUAUCUUUUCGCCGGACCACCUGAAGACCGGCGCCGCCGACGACCCACUAGACGAGCUACGUCGACUCACCAGAUGCUUCCGCUGCUACCUCGCCUGAUUUUCUCCCCAAAAUAGGGUCUUUUUUGGAAAUACUAAAAAAAAUUUAGACUCCAUGGAUCUCAAACCCUUUAGACUUGACAUUGAUGACCUUAUCAAUGAGUUUGCAAAGGGUGAAAUGACUACAUUAACUGAUAUGAAGAAAAUAUGGCUUUCUAAAAAGUUCUCAUGCAUCUUUGAGGCUAAACCCAAUUCAAAAUUAGGUUUCUUUAUGCAAUCUCUUUAUUCCCAUUCCAUAGGUUACAUGGUUUCUAAUUCUUCCAUAUCACACAGAAUCGGAGGGCUUUAUUGUCUUUUCUGCCUACAUGAAACACAACCAUUCAAGCCUCCCUUCAGAAUCUAUUUAUGUGCAAGGGAAAUCAAGAGGCUUAAGGAACUUGUUGUUGAUGCAAAAAAAGAGAAAAUAGAAAUUGUAUCAAUUUUAGUGAAAAGUAUGUUAGAAAGGGAUUUAUUUCUAUAUGGAGCUACUGAUUUAAAACAAGGAUCUGUUGAAGAAAGGGUGAAUGAAUUAACAAACUUACAAGAUGCACGUGUUCAACAUGCCAAUAAAAAGUUAUUUAAAGACACGGAAAUCGAACGAUACAUUAACAUGGACAUGGAUAAAGAAUUUGAUGUUGAUUCACUCAAGAAAAUGUCAAGAGAUUAUUAUUCGGCUAAAGAGCUAGCCAUAAAAGAAGCGGAAAAGGUGGUGGAUACACGUGAUAUAAAGCACAUUGCUGAAAACCAGAUAUUGAUUGGGGAUGUGAUUGGGAAAACAAGUGAAGAUUGGAAUGUUGAGAAAGAAAUGUUUUAUAAGAAAACUGGACACGUGGCAGAAAUCCAGAGCAAAGAACAGCAAAAUGGAAAUGGAGAAGACUUUGAAGCAAUUGAGUUUAAUGAGAAUUCAGGAGAGGAAGAUUAUGUAAAAGAUGACUUUUGUGAUGAGUUAGAGCAACAAUUAUUAGCCUUAACAUAAUAUAUCAUAAUCAUAGCAAUUGAAUGGUUGUACUUUGUGAUGAA